UAUGCGACCGGUGGAGAAAUGGCGAACAGCAAAAAUAGUGUACUUCUCUCUUCUUUGGCGGAGUAUGGAGACGACUCUGAGGCAGAUUCCAACCCAGAAACCGAAGAAACAGAGAACCAUGGAGUAGGCCUGGUGUCGGCUGCCUACGGAGAGGACGACAUUAGCCGGAUUGAGGAUGGCGACGACAAGGCAUCUGGAGACGAGGACAGCGUGGAGAGCUCCCGUAACUCCGAAAUGGAUGAGUCUGACGAGGGGGGAGACACAGAUGAUUAUAAGGAGAUCCCAGAGGCAGAGAGGAGAGACCCCAAUGAGCUGGUCGCUCUGUUCUCAGAGAAAGUGAGGAACAUGUCACCUGACAAGAUCCGGAUCCCCCCUGAACCACCAGGACGCUGCUCCAGUCACCUACAGGUGAAGAUCCAGAAGCUGUAUGAGAAGAAUCUACAUGGAGACUUUGACACAAACAACCACAUUCAGAGGAAAAAAGAGUUCAGGAAUCCCAGUAUCUAUGAGAAACUCAUCCAGUUCUGUGGCAUAGAUGAACUGGGAACCAACUACCCUAAAGACAUGUUUGAUCCUCACGGCUGGUCAGAGGACUCUUACUAUGAGGCCCUGGCCAAAGCUCAGAAAGUAGAGAUGGAUAAGCUGGAGAAAGCCAAGAAGGACAGGACGAAGGUGAGGACCACAGGCGUUUUAAUUGACUUGAAGAGGCCACCCGAGAUUGAGUUUGUGACGGCCACUAAGAAGGGCAGCAACCCCACCAACGCAGCAGUUCCCACAACCAAUACUGCUGCUAGUACAGCUACAGAAGCUCAGAAGAGGAAGAGUAAGUGGGACUCUGCGGUGCCCGUGACCCUGGCCCAACCCGCCCUGCUCACUACCAUGGCAAACCUGCCAGCGGUUGUCUCCGUGACGACCACCGCCAGCGGAACCAAGACCACCGUAAUUUCUGCCGUAGGCACCAUCCUGAAGAAAGCCAAGCAGUGAACAGAGAGGAAGUGUGUGUUUUGGAUGGAUGAGAGGAUGGAUGGAUGAGAGGAUGGAUGGAUGAGAGGAUGGAUGAGAACGUGUGUAAGCGAGAGAAGUGUGUUGGGGUGUAUGGUCCUGUGUGACUAUUGCUAUGAGAGAGAAUGUCUUCAGAAAAUAUGGAACAUUUCUAUAUUCAUCUAGCCAUACAAGACUUCUGCAUCUCUCCUUCUGUCUUCUGGGAUGUUUGAUCUACAGGAUGUGGUCAAUGGACUCCAUCUUGACUUGAGAUUUAAUAAGACUCUUUGUACAUUUUUAUUUAUAUCAAUGUGAGAUUCCACUUUCAUCCAGCUCUCCAGUCAGCACUCUGUUGAAGUUAUGCAUUGAUCUGUUUUUUGUUUCUGUCAGCUCGAAACUGGGUUUAGAUGUUAGCUAAAGACUGUCCGUUGGGAAAACCAUCCUACCUAGGAAGUAACCUAGUUAUGGCAUAAGUUACUAGUCUCAUGUCUGAAACUUGAAGAUUUAGUCUCUCGCUUCCAUCCUCCAGUAAAGUGGUUUCUUACACUAUCUACCCAUCUGUUAUGGUAAAGUAUAUAUUUGUAUUAUUUUUGGGCUCCACAAAAGGAUUCUGUUCUACCCAGAGUGUAUAUAUGGGCUGUGUUUUGAUCAUGUACUGGAAUGUGGUCUAGAGAAGAUGAAAGAGGAAUACUCAGACUAUGGAUAUUUGCAUCAAUGUUCCUUGCCUCAUUUAAUUUUAAAUGGCCUAUUCAAAGAGCUUAGGGGGAAUCAUUUUUACAAAUGUACAUAUAUAUCGCUGAUGAUGAUGGUAUGAUCAAUAAAAUAUAUACGUCAUACUGCCUUUUCAA